UACUACACACUUCCAAUAAAUACACUGAGACUUUGGGCACCCGGGCAUUUCCUCUUACCUCUCAGUGACACAGAUAUCCCCAAAAUACACAGACACACAACUCAGGUAGACGGCUCUCAGACAGGCACCCUCCACACACACACACACACUCUUGGCUCAAGGUCCUGGGACAUAGCGGAGCUGGGAAGUUCCUGCACCAUGCUACAAUUCCUGCUGCUUCCUCUGCUACUCCUGACUGAUACUCGGUGCCACCCUAUCCCGGGAGGGGACCCGAUGCUGCAGCCGGGUGGGACCUGCUGGUUACUUCAGGGUGCAGGUUCAACGUGCAGUCUUAUGCUGUUUAAUGCAGUAACAUGGAAUGAGUGCUGUGGAGAUGGAAAUCUUGAGAAUGCAUGGUCUAACUAUACUGACCCCAGGAACAAGAUUAGUCUUCUGGGCUUCCUAGGAUUGGUCACGUGCAAGCCUUGCAGAGACAGCUGUGAGGGGGUUCAGUGCCCCCCAGGGAAGACAUGUCUUCUGAAAGAGGGAAGGCCCCAGUGUCAAUGUGCCCCUGACUGCUCUGGGCUGGACAACGACGUGCCAGUAUGUGGUUCUGAUGGUCACACAUACCAAAAUGAGUGUGAACUGCUCACCAACAAAUGCCGUGGCCAACCAGAUCUGGAAGUUAUGUACUAUGGAAAAUGCAAGAAGUCCUGCUCAAAUGUGGUUUGUCCUGGGACACAUUCCUGUGUGGUGGACCAGACAGGGAGCGCCCAUUGUGUCAUGUGCCGUUCCUCUCCAUGCCCAUUGCCUCUUGCCUCUGAUCAUAUGCUGUGCGGAAACAACAACGUUACCUACCCUUCUGCCUGUCAUCUUCGCAGGGCCACUUGUUACCUUGGGCGAUCAAUAGGAGUGCGUCACACAGGAAGCUGUGCAGAUUUCACCAAGUUUUCCAUGGACCUCGAUGACUCUGUGAAGAAUUAUGUGUGAGGUCAGCAUGCUGUCAGAGCAGACACACUGGCGUUCCAUGUGUAUAAUGUACAUACAGUGUAUUUAUUAACUGGAUGUGUUAUUUAUAUGUAUCAGGCAGGUUAUUCUUCCUGUGAACACAGAAACAGAAGGAGUAAAUUGUUACAUUUUUGCAAGAUGGUGUCAUAUACUCAGCACCAUAUUACUCCUUACUGUAGGAUAACUGAUUUAAUUGCUUUAAAUAUGUUCCUCCAGAAGAAAGGAGUCUAUUCUUCCCAAAGCAAAGUGGUACAGGGAGAUAGACUUUACCAAUUAUCUGAUAUACAAACCUUCAUUCACACUGCAGAGUGACAUUGUCUCUAAAACAGAAAAUCUCCUUCCAAGGGGAGGGAUUCACAGGCAUAAUGCGUGAGUCUUCCUUAUGUUUUCAAGUUGACAGAGUGAGAAUGUGAGUUAUGGAUAUGCAGUCUUUCCCUACUAUAUCCAUGACAUAGAAAAAGCUUUGUGGUUCUCAGUCUCCUCUUGACAAAGAAUAAGCUGUGGGUUAGUCCAUAUACACAUUUCACUGCGGUGGGUGAACCAUAGCAAUGGUGCCACAGGGUAGGAUGACCCUCAAUAGCGAAUGUUACCUCUGUUGUGAUGGGUAAAGACCAAACUAGAAGAUGAUCAUGGGUGUAUAGCAAUUAUCCUGUUAAGUGACUGAGCAAAUGUAAUAGAGAAAAGCCACAGACUCUGAGUGGAAGGGAU